AUUGACCAUCAGAUGACGGAUUGAACGACUUUGUUUAUAUUUAAAAAAAAUAAAAAAAGGAUACCUACCGGCUUAAAACUUGGUUAGCUAUAUAAACUUUAUAAAUAUUUGAAACUGUGAUUCGAAAUCCCUAAGAAUAGAAUGGAGAAAGCAAGUGAAAUAUUUUCCAAUAUUAAAAAUCUCGGUUCUGACAAGGAAAGUCGCGAAAAAUUAAGUGAAUAUUGUAAUAUAAACAUCGCACAGAUAUUACAACAUUUACCUCAAAGAAUUUUGAAGAGCGAUGGGGGGUACUUAUUAGAAUACAUUUUCUAUGGAUUACCAGAUAAAACCAAAUCUAAGAUAGUGGAUGUAGUGCUGGGUAAGAUAAGAAGUGAGCCAAUAUCCAUUGCACACUGCGGGGAUGUCAUAAGCAGAGUCUGUCUAGAACUGCCCCGACUGCCUGUGGCAGACCUGGUGAGGUGGAGCAGUGAAAGCGUGCAAACUGUCAUUGAAGAUAGCGAUGUUAAUAUGAUUUGGAAAGAUAUUCUACCAGAAUGCUUGUACACUAUAUCGUCACAUGACAACAUUAAGCACUGUGGUACAGAGAUGUCCGGGGAGGAAUUCAAAAUACAAUGUGUCCAUACUUUGUGCCAGUGUCGCUGGACUGAGCGGCAGUUGGUGCAACUUGCUACUAUGUUUAAGGACAUGCAGUUAUCUCGUGCGGAGCUCAAACAAGUGGUGAAUAAACUAUGUUCACACAUCGUGGACCUACCGCCUGACACAUUGCCUCCAGUAAUUCACCAAUUACUGAAAUUAUGCAAGGUGGAUAAUUUGGAAAUAGUACUGUCCCAUCUGAGCAAUUACUUCAAUUUGAAGUUGUACAACACUUUGGAGCCACCGCAGCAGGACUCCGAGUCUACUACUAUUGAUGUAGAUGAUAUAGUCGAACACAGCACAAAAGAGCUAAGUCAGUGCCUCUCGACCUGUCUGUACCACUUCACACAAGGCGCCGCGGACCCGGAAAUAAUACGCAAACACAUAAAAAAGUGGCCCAAAAUACAGUUGCUCAGGUCUCCCUUCCUCAUAGACUUGGCGCUUGCUGUAUCGGACAAGGGAGCUAAUUUUAGAACUGCUUGCUUGGACGCUAUAAAAUCAGCGAUAGAAUUUCAUGUACUAGACGGUUUACGAAGGAAAGAGUCAGCGUGGGUACGCUGCUCAGAGAUGCCAGACGUGGACGUGUCCAAAUUACUCAAAAUACUUACCAACGAGAGUACAAAUCACCGCCAAUACACAGUACUCGGUCUAAUAAACCUAGCGUUUUCUCUGCUGUCUGUGUCACGUAUAAAGCCAACGGCUCAAACAUGUUGGUCAUAUGGAAAGUUGAUAUUGGUGCGGCUGAGUAAAGCACAGCCAGAGACCGCUGGCCACAUACUGACUCAGCUUGCUGACAGACUUUUGGGGGUUAACCAGCAACAGUAUACAGAUUGCCUGCACAUCCUGUGCAGACUGACGCCGGUGUCGGUAGAGCGCUGUCCGCAACUGAGCGCGAUACUGGAGAGCUGCCAGCCCGUGGGCGACUACACGCACGCGGCGCAAACCUACGCGGCCGUGCGACCGCUCAUCUCGUUCAGUACUAGAGUCAGAGACACCCUUGUUAUGGUGUGUAGGAAGGGGCUGUAUUCCAGGGAAUCCCUGUACCGCUGUCUAGCGCUGUCUGGAUUUCUGACCGUACUGAAAGAGAUGAAGCUAUCUAAAGGACCUCUAUCUCGAAGUCAGAACAGUGACCAGUACAGCGCGAACUCGUACCUAACUCAGCUCAGUGUGGAUAUACACGCUACUAACCAAGGAACUGCGCUAACAUCACGAAUGCGGAAUGAAACAAUUUGCUUGGAAGUUGUGUCCAUUUUGCGACGCUGUCUCGUACAAGAUGCUGCUGUUAAAAAAGUUUUAUACAGAGGAUUGUACGAGUGUACAAAAGACAAGGUGGUACUCCACGAGGCAAUCUUGGAAAUACUGUACGAGCAUCUCUUCAAAUAUCUGCCGGAAGAGGACAAUGAGAAGCCACUGCUACUCGACAAAUGUGUGCAAAUGACGGGAUCUGGGGCAGUUUUAGUUGAGCCUAUAGGCCACCUGCUAUUCGCGAUAGCACAGUUCCUCCAGCCGAUAGAGGAGGAGGACUUAGAGGACGUCCUGCAGAGUCCCAGCGACGACGGUGCGGUGUACUUGCGGAAAAAACUGACUGACAUAUUGGAGAAGCUUUGCGGAAGCGACUGGUUGAGUCUAGUUGAUUUAGAGGAACAUGGCCUAACAGACUUAACGCCGGAAUCUCGAGCAAAAAGCCUGAAAGUACAGCAAGUAAUUCAGUGCCUCGAGGCGCUCAUAGCACACCGCAUAAUGCAGUGGAACGCGUUCAGCAGCUACGCUGGUUCUGUGUACUCUUUGUUCCGCGCUUACAAUCAACUGAUGGACAACACUAAGGGCUCACCAAAAGUAGGCAGGAAAAACAAAUCAUUAAACGAAACGGGGGAGACGUCGAAAACGCAAAAGUCACAAAAGUCGCAGAAAUCGCAACAAGAUCCGAAGGGCAAAGGGAAAGGGAAGGGCAAGAGCACCACCACAGUCGCCAAUCUGGUGAAGGACAGAGCCGCUCCGUUCAAGCCUUUGCCAUGUUUGUGGGACUUGCCGUUUUGUUUGCGGAUUCUGGAACUGCUGUACAGUGAAACUAUACUAUGGUCAUCUAUAUCGCAGCGUAAUGAAAUACGCGGCAAAAGGGACUUCCAUUUGUUUGCGCUGCGCUGCGUCCAGUCUGCGCUGCCCGAGAACACUAGCAAGCAAACCGUUAGCACGCACAUACUUUACAUCGCUACAUUGAUGUAUGACAGAUGCGUUUCCAGAUUUCAAGACAUGAGAGAUUUCGACGAGCACACGACACACGCGUGCCUGGAACUGUUCAAAGUGUGUCUGACGUUGGUGCUCUCGACAAAAUACUCGUUGAAAACUGAGAGUGUCCUCAAAGGAAUAACUGGUACAACCGAAGAACCGGAGUCAAAAUGUCUAGCAGAAAUCAUCGAAAAGUUAUACGACUCGCUCCAGAAGUUGGAAACGGAAGGAGCUGAGGAAGAUUUGGAUCUGAUCGGAAAGAAGAUCUUCAGUAUGCUGGUGCAAAUAACUACUGUGCUGCUGGAGACGCCUGUGCUUGCCUGCGACGCAUUUAAUAGGAUGAUAGUAAAUCUAGAGGACUACCUGCGGCGCAGCAAACAGCCGGAGAUACUGCCGCUGCUGUCUCCGUUGCUGACGGCGGCACAGCGCGAGCAGCAGGAGGCGACGCUGCUGGUCGAUGUGCUGACAGACCUGACAGCGGCACUGGGCGUUAUAGACGAAGAAAGCAGCUCAGCCGAUACGCAGUCGUAUUUCCCCACAAUAAACUCUAAUACCGGUCACACGGCGCUCGGUCUAGUGUGUGCGCACCUUAGUAGCCGCUUCAAAUGCACAGAGCACUCCCUAAACAGAGCUCGCGAUCUCACCGAAGCUAUCAGUAUAGCUGUACAAUCGCACCAGCAGAGAUUAGAGCGGGAGCGCAAAGAGCUCUACAAGUCCAUAGUACUGCAGCUGUGUCAGUUGACCAGCUGGUCAUGUAGUGCGGCCAAGCUGCGCUGCAGCAUCGGCGGCGACAGCGACCGCGUACUCAGCAUAUGCGUCAGAAUGUUCUCGAUCCUCGCUUCCAUGAUCAAGACGUUGGAUUCCGACAUGGCGGAGUUUGUGCGACCGGAACUAGAGAGGCUCUUAAAGUUCACGGGGAAAAAGCUGUCCCCAGCGACGGAUGCACUGAUCACAUACGUGGUAGAGGCGUCGGAACAAGAGGAGACGGCGAGCAAAGUUCUGCGACGUACGAAACUCAACCCGAGACUAGUGCUCGAAAGGGAACAGUUCUGCAAGCAUGUCAUACUGUUUGGGAACAAAGUUAAAAUAAACUUCCAACAAUACCUGCCGGAGGGUCAGGCGAGGGACUUCAAAAUCAAAGUCAAAAACUCUCCGCAGUUAAGAGCAGGGAUAGAGGUCACCGCUGGCGAUGAUGAUAACGCCGAUAAUGAUGUCAGCAUCAACGAUGCCAACACCGUGGUACUGUCUGGUGCGAGCGACGAUGAGGGCGAGGUCAGCGACCACAGUGAUGCAGGACCUUCUACAACGAAGCAUAGGAGACUCUCGUGAAAUGUGUGUGUGAUAUUACUCAUUGAUUUUAUAAGCGCCACCCUGAGAUAUUACUUAUAGAAGAAAAAAUAUAUUACAUA